GCUCUAACCCCUUUACAGUCUCAUACAGUGCCUCACUCCCUGCCUCUUUCACUUCCGGAAGAGCACUGAGCUCUCUCGCCAUCCUCUCUGGGAAUUUGCCUACUCCCAGAACACCCUUCUUUCUCCCACAGCGCCUCUCUCCUAGCCUAACUCCUAAGAGUGCUUUAAGCUCUGCUCAGGCAGCGCCACCUCUGGGAAGCCCAACUGCCCACCAUCCGAGCCACGCUGCCGAAGACAGCAGAACACGGAAGCCCCACGCUCCCGCGGGGGGUUGCGGAAAGAAAAGAUUACCUCCCGCGCAGUCUCCGGCGCGCUGCUUCGGCGCACUCCAGGGGGCGUGGCUCCGGCCAAUCGCGGAGGCGAGCCGACCGCACCAGCCAAUAGGUUCUUAGCGCGCGCCGGGGUCCUCCCCGGGGCCAGGGCCCGGAGUUCUGAACGGAAGUCGGACCCCUCGGCCACCCCAAGGGCGAGACCCCGCCCCAUCCCCGACGGCCCGAACCGCCCCAGGAGACUAAGCGGAAGUCCCGCGUACCAACAGAAGACUCCGACGGGAGACGCGCAGCGUCAUGGCCGCCGACAGUGACGAUGGCGCAGCUUCAGCUCCAGCAGCCUGCGACGGUGGUGUCAGCAAAAGCACAAAAUCUAGGGAGGAGCUAGUAGUCCAGGUUCCUGUAGUGGAUGUGCAAAGCAACAACUUCAAGGAGAUGUGGCCAUCCCUCCUACUGGCCAUAAAGACAGCUAACUUCGUGGCUGUGGACACGGAGCUGAGUGGGCUUGGGGACAGAAAGAGUUUGCUGAACCAGUGCAUCGAGGAACGGUACAAGGCCGUGUGUCAUGCUGCCAGGACUCGUUCUAUCCUCUCCCUGGGGCUCGCCUGCUUCAAGCAGCAGUCAGAAAAGGGUGAACAUUCCUACCUGGCUCAAGUGUUCAAUCUUACCCUGCUGUGCAUGGAGGAGUAUGUCAUAGAACCAAAGUCUGUGCAGUUCCUGGUACAGCAUGGCUUCAACUUCAACCAGCAGUAUGCCCAGGGCAUUCCCUACCAUAAGGGCAAUGACAAGGGUGACGAGAGCCAGAGCCAGUCAAUACGGACUCUGUUCCUGGAGCUAAUCCGGGCCCGCCGGCCCCUGGUACUGCAUAAUGGGCUUAUAGACUUGGUUUUCCUGUACCAGAACUUCUAUGCACACCUGCCUGAGAGUCUGGGAACCUUCACUGCAGACCUAUGUGAGAUGUUCCCAGCAGGCAUUUAUGACACCAAAUACGCUGCUGAGUUUCAUGCCCGCUUUGUGGCCUCCUACUUAGAAUAUGCCUUCCGGAAAUGUGAACGAGAAAAUGGGAAGCAGCGGGCAGCUGGCAGCCCACACCUCACCCUGGAAUUCUGCAGCUAUCCUCCUAGCAUGAGGGCCCACAUUGACUACCGCUGCUACAUGGCCCCUGCAACCCACCGCCCUCAUCCCACCAGCGUCUGUGACAAAUUCUCGGCCUAUGGCUGGUGCCCUCUGGGACCACAGUGUCCUCAGUCCCAUGAUAUCGACCUUAUCAUUGACACUGAUGAGGCUGUGGCAGAGGACAAGCGGCGACGGCGACGACGUAGGGAAAAACGGAGGAGGGCUUUGUUGAACCUGCCUGAGACACAGACCUCUGGGGAAGCUAAGGAUGGUCCUCCCAAGAAGCAGGUGUGUGGGGAUAGCCUUAAGGCUGAGGAAACUGAACAGAAGGUGGCUGAAGAUGAAACUAGGAACCUGCUUCACUCAGAUCAAGGUCACAAAAAUGACUUGAAGAUGGAGCUUAAGGCAGCAAUGCCUGAAACAGCUGACAUGGCUACCACAGAAGUAUCAAGGAGUCAAGCCAGUGCUAACCCAGUGCCUGGGGAUGGGUUGCACCGGGCUGGUUUUGAUGCCUUUAUGACAGGUUACGUGAUGGCCUAUGUGGGAGUGAGCCAGGGACCCCAGCCUUGCAGCUCUGAACCCUGGCUCCCUGAAUGCCACAAUAAGGUAUAUUUGAGUGGCAAAGCUGUACCUCUUACAGUGGCGAAGAGCCAGUUCUCUCGUUCCUCCAAAGCCCACAACCAGAAGAUGAAGCUGGCUUGGGGCAGCAGCUGACUCAACUUCUACCUAGCACUUGGGUAAACAGAGAUGUUUGAGUCCCUCUGGCCUAUAAAUAUCAAACUUUCAACUAUUACUGAGAUUGGGGGAGGGAGAGUAGUUCUGGUCCUGGUCCUGGUCCUGGUCCUGGCAGAGAUACCAUUGCAUUGCCUUGGACUUCCUCCUUUACCCCAGAGGCUGAGGUACAAGUACAAGUAAGAAGGCUGACCAGCACCUGUAACACCGACUUUAUUUAUUUUUAAAUCUGAAAGUGUUUUGGGAAAGUUUAAAAAAAAAAAAUCAACAGAAACAAGUUACGAAAAUAUUUGA